AUGUAUUUCAAUAGAUAGCGUAUAUAUAAAAUUGAUGAAUUGAUUAAAUUAACCAAUACUGACUAAGAAAUUAUGUAAUCAGAAUUGGAGAAUCUUAAAUCGUUUAAAUUAUUAAUUUAUAAUGAAGAAGGGAAUUCAUUAAAAUUAAACUAAAAAUUCUAACAUAGAAGUUAAAAAAUUAAGGUCUAAUCAAAAAAAUAAUAAGCUUUUUCUUUAAGUUAGAAAUCCAAAACUAAAUUAUAGGAAUUCAAAAUAGAUUAAAAAGAAAUAGUAUUAGAUAGAAGAGUUUAUUUGGAAUCUUUGAUUGUUAGAGUCCUCAUAAGAAAAAAGUAGAUGGAUCACAAAGAUCUAUUUAUAAUUAAAUAUAAUUUUAAAAAUUAGCAAUUAUUAGCAUUUAUUAUAGAUAUUCAAUAUUUAUACUACUAGGAUAGAAUUAUUUUUAUAUAUAGAAAUCUUUUAUUUAAUUUAAGUAUGAAAUCUCCCAUAUAAUAAAUUGCGAAAAUUUAAUAGAUUCUUGAUUGA